AUUCAAGUGUUAUGCACACAUCCGCGCCGCCACCGCCGCGACCGCAUGAGUUCUACCUCAUCGCGUCCAAUAUGAUGGGACGCAAGAACUUGGGAACGUUUCUUCGGACAGGAAGUGCAUUUGGCGUCAAGCAAGUUCUUGUGGUUGGGUCGGAUCGAUUCGGAACCCACGGCGGGCACAACGCGCACAAAUACGUCGAAGUUCUCACAUUCCAUACUUGUGACGAAGUGUAUGCGUACCUGAAGGCGCGCAACUGCCGCAUCCUCGGCCUGCAUUCGUCAACGACGUUGAAGAACAUGGACACCUCCAUGUGCUUGGACAAGGACGCGGAAUUUGCCCCGUCAACUGCAUUUGUUCUUGGCAACGAAGGCGGCGAUCUUUCUCCGGAGCAGCGCGGUAUCUGCGACGGGUUCAUUCACCUCCCCCACUUCAAGCCACGUCGACAAUCUCCAUCCACUUCUUUGUUCGAAGUGGACUUGACUGUGCAAUUGGGCAUCCUCUUGCAUCGCUUUACGACGUGGUCGGGGCAGUACACUGAGCGGGGCAUUGAAGACACAUCGACGAGGGGCAAGUUCGCCCUUGCUGAGCGAGCCCCUCGCCACCGAACAGAGCACCCAACCGUGACACUGGGCCGACAGGCCAAGAAGGAGGCUGUGGAAGCGAUCAUGGAGGACGACUUGGACCUGCAAUUGUUUGGUGAAUCCUAGUAGAAACCCAUUGCCAGCAGAAAGGUGUUGGUAGAUUUCAUUCUAAUGACGAGUUAAACACGAAAUAACGGGGCGCAUAUAUUGCUCCUGCAUUCAGUGCGACUGGUGUCUGGGGCG